AUGGAACUUUCCAACCUCCCCACGCCGUCGGAAAUCCUAAGAAUGACCAUGACGGAAAAUCUGAUACGAGAAGUGCAAAAGCGAAAGCGAACCGGAAAACCUGCGAAUUUCAUGGAACCAGUCGUACCAGAGAACCUACCAGAGAUCGACGACGUACUCGAGAAGAACGCAUCAGAGGAGAACGUGCCAGAGGAGGAAGUUGAGUCCGAUACCUGCGAUCCCGAGAAGUGCAAGGAUACCUGCUGCUGCAAACCGGAUUCCGAGUGCAAGUGCAACAAACACCCAGUUAUGUCGAAGGAUCUGAAGGAAACUGCCGAGCAGAAGGUGGGCGAAGGCGAGGAGAAAUCGUCGACGUUCUUCGAGCGCGCCAAGGAAACUAUCAAGAAGCCAUUCGAGUCCAUGCGCCAGGAGGAGAAGGAAACGGUUGGACACGAACACCCCGGGGAGUCGAUCAAGGAAAAACUGGACGAUAAUGUCAAGAAGCCCCUGGAGGGGAUGACUCCUGGCGGCGAAGACAAGAGCAUUAUGGAAGGCAUGAAAGACAAGACCGAGGAGCCCAUGGAGAAGAUCAAGGACACUGCCGAGAACCCACCAGUGCCGGACGAGCUGAAGAGGGUAUCCGAAAUGGGGGAAGAGAAGAAGGGCGAGCUGGAGAAACCCAUGCAAGAAGCCUCCACCCAUGCUUGAAUAAUACAUCAUACUGUAUACUGUACUUGACAAUCCUUUUUCAAACGAAGUGUUGUCCCAGGAGGGAAAAUUCUGAAAAACCAGUUUUUUCCUGCUCUUUUAUUAUCUGUGUAAAUGCUCUAAUUUCCUCUGGGGUCUGUCUGUAUAAAAUGGCUCUUAUUUCUUGAA